AUGGCAGACUACCACAGGAUCCACCCGGUGACCGUGGGCUCGCCGCCGCCGCCGCAGACGCCGUCCGCGCCACCGGAGCAUGGCAAGAAACCCAGCCACGACCAGCUGCUGCCGGUGACGGCCCCGGCGCCGUACGCGCCAGCACCGCUGCCCCCGCCGCGGCGCCGGCGGCGGCACAGCCGGUGCUGCCGGUGCGUGUGCUACACCUUCCUGGCCCUCGUCCUGCUCGCCGUCGCGCUCGGCGCCACCGCGGGGAUCCUGUACCUCGUGUUCCGGCCCAAGAUCCCGACCUUCCACGUGGACCGGCUCACCGUCACCCGCUUCGACGUGAACACCACGACGGCCACGGUCACCGACGCGUUCGACGUCGACGUGACGGCCACCAACCCGAACCGCCGCAUCGGGAUCUACUACGACGGCGGCGACGUCACGGCGUCCUUCAACGGCACCGUGCUGUGCCGCGGCGCCUUCCCGGCGCUGUACCAGGGCCACCGGACCACCGUGAGCCCGCACAUCUCGCUCACCGGGGAGACGCGGCUCGACAGCGACGUCGCGGCGCAGCUACUGCAGCAGCAGCAGGCCGGGUUCGUGCCGCUCACCGUGCGCGCCCGCGUGCCGAUACGCAUCAAGUUCGGCGCCAUCAGGCUGUGGAAGAUGACGGGCAAGGCCAACUGCAACCUGGUGGUCGACAAUAUCCAGGCAGGCAAGCAGCUGAGCAUCCGAUCCAAUACCUGCAGUUUUAAGCUUAAGAUCUAG